AUGAAUAAUGCGAAUAAGAGACUGGUCCGAGAUCCGGAGAGUGGCGAAAGAAAACUGGAACUGGAACCCCGACUGCUCGGUGCCAGCCCUUAUAUAUGGCUGCCGCGUGGGAACGCUACCGUAAUACAUUGCCAUUGGCAAGGUUUCCCACGCGGCGCGCGAGAGCGGCGGCCGGCUGGGUGGGAAAGUCGUGCCGGGCACGACACUGGGGGCGGCCGAAAAGAACCGCUAGGGAGAAGAUGGAGGCCUGAUGGUACUGGCCACAAGUGGGACCCCGAAGGGCCAAUGGUUGCCGAGAACCGGACGGCAGGUGUAUGCCCGCGGGCAAAGGUCUUGCCUGAUGACGACGUAGACGACUCGUGGCGUUGUACUGAUUCGCUCGACAAGUGGUUGACCAUGAAGACGACGUUGAAUAGGAGGAGACGGCGAUGUGCAGCGGCUCGACAUAUACAACAACGACUUGACAUGGGUUCAGCGGCUCGACAUGGGUUAAGUGGUGAGGCAUGA